AGGCAUGCAGCCAGUGACUCCGGGUCUCAGGCACUGAGUCCAAGCACACCCCUCCCUGCCCUCCUUCGGCCUUCCCCGGCUCGGCUCCCUCAUCUGACCUCCCUUCCCCCGGACUGCCCCGUGCCCUCCAGACCGCAGGUCAGUCAGUCCGAGCGGUCCCCCGAUCCCAGUGCGAGCCACCCGGAGGAGGGAGGGGAGGAGGAAGGAAGGAAGGAGGGAGUUAUAGGUUCCCGGGCCCCUCGGCCGUCGAUGUAGGCAUCUACACUGUGCCCCCGCCAGGCAGGACCAUGAGACCAGGUCGCCGCAAAUCCACCCCAAAGAAGCGCCCCGGGAUCCCUUCUCAGCCUCGCGCCUCCACCUCCGCCGCACCCCCUGCAGGCGCUUUUCGCCGCCGCAGGUAUCCGGGUGGAGCGAGCGCUCGAAUUCUCAGGGAGAUCCGCAAGCUACAGAAGAGCACAGACCUGCUGAUCAGGAGGGCACCUUUUGGUCGACUCGUUAGAGAAAUAUGCCUCCGAUAUACUCGAGGAGUGGACUUUUAUUGGCAAUCUCAGGCCCUACUGGCCCUACAGGAGGCAGCAGAAGCAUUUAUAACUCAUUUGUUUGAAGAUGCCUACCUCCUCUCCAUACAUGCCCGGAGGGUAACCCUGUAUCCCAAAGAUAUUCAACUGGCCAGAAGGAUCCGAGGUUUGCAGGAAGGACUAGGCUAAAUACUUGAGUACCCAUGGACCCUUAAACCCGGGAGUUAAAAAUCUAAUUCCUUUCUAUUUCUCCAACCAUUUGAGUUCCUAGUCUGGAGUUGCCACUUCCCAUCUUCAUCACCUUGUCAUCAUACCCAUCUCUUGGGCACAGUUCUCUGGAUAACCUUGGAUUGUUCCUUUAUACAAAAUUCAAAUAAAAUGUUUUUAAUUAAGG